GGGGAGUUCUGCCGUAUCAGCUCUUUCUAGCCCAUUUCUUAUCGACAAUCUUGUUACUCCUGCGCAAAAUCCAUCCUUCAUCUCCUCAUCACGGAAGCCUUUCAUUCGGACUCAUGGGCCAAUUUCAGUCUUCGACAAGCGAAGAGAACGCCAGCUCUUCCGCUAGAUCAUCCGAUAAGAAACUUGAUUAUUACGAACUUUUACAGGUGAAUUGGGACGCAUCUGCAGAGGAAAUUAAAAAGGCGUACAGAAGAAAAGCCCUUGAGUUGCACCCGGACCGGAACUAUGGAAAUGUGGAAUCUGCUACAAAGCUUUUUGCAGAGAUUCAGUCUGCUUACGAAGUGCUUUCAGACCCUCAGGAGCGUUCGUGGUACGAUACCCAUCGAGAUGUCUUGUUAGGAAGCCAGGGCAGUUCUGGCAACUCGGGAACUCCAUAUAGUUCGCGCACGACUACUGCAGACGAUGUCUAUAGGAUCUUUUCUAGGUUCAGUCCACAAAUGGAAUUUUCAGAUGCCUCGGAUGGCUUCUACGGUGGUCUUCGUGAGGCCUUCUCACGACUUGCCAUGGAGGAAGAGAUCGCUUGCCGUGGGGAAAAUAUGGAAUUUAUUGCCUAUCCUACGUUCGGGUGCCGGGGAGACGAUUUUGAAAAAGUUGUACGCCCAUUUUACGUUGCAUGGGGCGGCUUCUCAACAAAGAAGUCUUUUGCAUGGAAAGAUGUCUAUCGUUACUCAGAAGCUCCAGACCGUCGUGUUCGUAGACUGAUGGAGAAGGAAAAUAAGCGUCUGAGGGACGAAGGCAUCCGUGAAUUCAACGAUGCAGUUCGAUCACUCGUAGCUUUCGUCAAAAAGCGCGACCCGCGAUACAAGACAAGCACUCAAAGUGAAUCACAGCGCCAGGAAUUCCUCCGACAAUCUGCUGCCUCCCAAGCUGCCAAAUCACGGGCUGCGAACCAAGCUAGGCUGCGAGACCAUGUUACGCAAGACUGGGCAAAGUCAGAGGAAUUUGAAGAUGACGAGACAGUGAGUACCGAGACAGAACUGGAAUUUUUCGAAUGUGUUGUGUGCCGCAAAAGUUUCAAGAGUUUGAAUCAGUUUGAGGCACACGAACGAAGCAAAAAGCAUGUCAAAGCUAUUAGGCAGCUUCAAAAGGAAAUGAGGAAUGAAAACAAGCAACUAGGACUAGCGGGAGAUUCAUCAGAGUAUGAAGCCCAGACUGCCAUGACAUUCAUCCCCGAUUAUCAGGCUAUGCCUGUAUCGGACGCCGAAAGCACACCAUGCAGAUCCACGUCGGGAAACACUCUCCCCGGCAAUGAUGAUAAUGAGGGUCGCAUACCGGCACCGGAAAUUGCCGGUGAGAUCCACAGUGAACGCGUAUCUCACGAAAGCCUACGGGGCUAUGUCGAUCAAACCUCAGAAAGUGAAAUUGACUAUGCUUCAAGAGAAGUUGUCGAAGGUCGACUCCAACUGACCGGUGAUUCAACACAGGAUACGACAAAUGCGGCGGCUAGUCUGUCUUCGGAUUUUACGCAUCUAGAGCUUGAUCCCUCCAAGCCAGCCGUUCAGAAGUUGGGCAAGGCUAAACAAAAGCGCAUAAAAAAAGCUGAACAGGCAAAAGGACAGUCCUUAGGCCCGCGGUGUACAACAUGCAACGCUUCCUUUCCUUCACGGACCCAGCUUUUUUCACAUCUUAAAGAGUCCGAUCACGCACAGGUUCAGGAGGUCACUCGGCAUAGAAAGAGAAGAGCUUAAAAGAUGUACUUUGGUUUCCCGUUGGCGCCUUUCAAGAGCUUAUCUAUCAACGACUGGCACUAACCGUGGCCAUGUAACAAGCCUGUUGCCCU